GAGGCCAUUGGGUACAGGCUGGAGGUUACAACAGGACACUGCCCCCUCCUACACUACAAGAGCCAGCAACAAGACGAACCACGCCGACUUCUUUUUCUUCUUCUCCUCCAAUCCACCAUUGGAUACGUCGUGGCAACUUCAAAGUGUUACAGCGCGCAUGUGUGUGUUUUUUUGUUUGUUUUUUUCUUGGCCGUCGCGUGUACUCAUUGAACCGAAAGUGGAUGUAUUUUAUUUGACCUAUGAUACUUUCCCCCCCACAGCCAUGGAUUAAACAAAUGCUGACUGGUGCAUUGAGGAACCGACUGAUACCAAGCGCGACUGGCUACAAGGUUUCACGUUAGCUUGCGAGAUAUCGACGUUCUGAGGCGCUGUUUCUGACGUAUGUUGGACCCCCCACGUGGUGUCGACCUGUUCAUGUAACGCUGUCCCCUAUGUAACAUGUAAUAUGUAACAACCAUUAGUCUUUGUUGUCUUAUUCACACGUACAACUUACAAGCCAGUCGCGCCACAACGCAAAGUUUUGACAGCAAACGGCACUUCGUCAAGGGUUGAAAGGUCACCUGGCGUCGUAUCCUCUUUUCCUGUCAUCAGAACGCCAUGAAGAUGUGAACUGUGCUUUUAUCAUUUUUACAUUUUCUCCAAGAGAUUAAAAAAACAACUCGGCAGGGAUGUACGAAAGCGUGGACAUGGUGGGUAUGAGCCCCAGCCCCCGCAGCCCAAGCAGCGGCUCCUUUCUGGGCAUGGACUACUACCACAGAGCCCCGGGAUUCGAGCCGGAGAAAGGACUUCUACCCGGGGUUGGGGGGCUUCAGAGGUCGUUCGGAGGAUCCCUGCUGACCGGCAGGCACUGGAGCGGAUCUUGUCACUCAAUAGAAACAGAAAGCACGAGUUCUGGAGAAGACUUGCUGCUCACAAGCCCCCCAUCCCCACCACCUCCUCCACGCAUUUACAAGCCCUGCUUUGUAUGUCAGGAUAAAUCUUCUGGAUACCAUUAUGGAGUCAGCGCCUGUGAGGGCUGCAAGGGGUUCUUUCGGAGGAGCAUCCAGAAAAACAUGGUAUACACUUGUCACCGAGACAAAGUUUGUGUGAUAAACAAAGUGACAAGGAACCGCUGUCAGUCCUGUCGACUCCAGAAAUGUCUGGACGUUGGCAUGUCCAAGGAAUUGGUUCGAAAUGAUCGUACGAAGAAAAAAAAGGAGGAGAAAAGGCAGGUGGAGGUGGAAGUCUACGUCUUGUCAGCAGACACGGAGCAGAUGAUUGAGCGAGUUCGCCGUGCACAUCAAGACACUUUUCCCUCCCUCGGUCAGCUGGGAAAGUACACAACGAAUAACAGCGCCGAGCAUCGUGUCCCUCUGGAUGUCAACCUUUGGGACAAGUUUAGUGAACUGUCCACCAAAUGCAUCAUUAAGACAGUGGAGUUUGCCAAGCAGCUGCCGGGCUUCACUACGUUAACCAUUGCUGAUCAGAUCACUCUGCUCAAAGCUGCCUGCCUGGACAUUCUGAUUCUGAGGAUCUGCACACGCUACACCCCAGACCAGGACACCAUGACCUUCUCAGAUGGUUUGACUCUCAACCGCACUCAGAUGCACAACGCCGGUUUUGGGCCGCUCACGGACCUGGUGUUCUCGUUUGCCAACCAGUUGCUCCCACUAGAGAUGGAUGAUGCAGAAACAGGAUUACUUAGUGCCAUCUGCCUGCUCUGUGGAGAUCGUCAAGAUUUGGAGGAGUCGGACAAAGUGGAUGUUCUUCAGGAGCCAAUGCUGGAAGCCUUGAAGAACUAUGUCCGGCGGAGGAGGCCUGACAAACCCUGUAUGUUCCCUAAGAUCUUGAUGAAGAUCACGGACCUCAGGAGCAUCAGUGUGAAGGGCGCAGAGCGGGUGAUCACACUGAAAAUGGAGAUUCCUGGUUCCAUGCCUCCACUCAUCCAGGAGAUGCUGGAGAACUCUGAGGGACUAGAGGGGCAGGGUGCUGGAGGAGGAAAAGGGAGAGACAGAGUCGGAGGAGAACAGGAAGAAACGGAGCUGCAAAAUUCUCUUCAUCUGUACCCAAUGUCAGUUCCGUCUCCCAGCCGGAGUCCCCCAUCCACCACCUGAAAUGCCACUCUUGAAAGUACCUGCACCUUGCACAGCACUGCCUCGUGGCACUGCAAGAGCACCAACAACAGACGGAUGUUCAUUAACUGUUUGUCAAAAGGAUGCUGAAUGUGUGAGUUGACUUCAGUGGUGACAGCAUUGAUUGAACUGUUGGAUUAUGCCUGCGGAUGGGAUGUGUGACACUGAUAUCUUCUUUUUUUGGCUUAAAUUAUGCUGUUUUUAAAGUGUCUCAUUGCCACUGCAUAAUGAUGUGACGCAUAAGAUGAUUUCACUUUGAAGCAAAAUGUUGUAAAGUUCAUAUAGAUCAUGUCUUUUUAUGAUUUUUUGGAUUUUUUUUUAAACAAAAGGUUAGUAAUUCAGUGGAACCCGUUUAUGUCGACAGACGAUCUGUCGACCAGCUCAACGGCUGACGUCGACGUCAACACACAUGGUCGACCGCUUUUGUCGACGUAAAAAUGUGAGACCCGAAGGUGUCGUUCCUAAUUGGUGUGUUGUAGUAUUGUUAACUUCAUCGUUGCGACAGCAGCAACGUAACUACAGUCAGACCUCGGGUUUUGUUAGGAAUCCCUUCCAAAAAGUCGGAUGAAAACCGAAGCAAAAGUAAUGUAAAUCCAAUAAAUCACUUCCAGACACCUGAAAAUGGGAACAAAAAAAACAUUUUCUACAGAAUAAUUCUAAUUUGACCUUCUCAAAACUACACAAAAUAAGCGUAAUUUCCGGUAUGUAAGCUGCUACUUCUUUCUGACUUUUUCAACCCUGCGGCCUAUACAGUGAUGCGGCUAAUUUGUGGUCGCGUUUUGGCCUCGUGACAUCUCGUGUGCUUUGGAGUAGUGCACCGCAGUGCUUCGUGCACGCGCCCUCAUCAUUAGUGAUGAUAGUCAUUUGAUACGGAGUAAAAUCCAGGCUGGUAUUGGCGAUACCGAUCUGAUACUAAUGCUUAAUACACUUAGCAUGUCAGAAAUGUAUUGAUUUAUUUAAAACUGCGUAUCAUUUAGACUACGUCUCAAUCAUUUUCCACUGCGUUCCUGUCAAUGAUGUACGUACAUUACCUUAAAUGACUGAACUAUCAACGCAUCAAUAUUUGGAUUUGAGAAUCGAUUUUAGAGCCUAAAGAUCUGGUAUCUGAGGUAUCGAUAUUUCAGUAUCGAGCCGCACGUCACCAGUCAUCAUUGAGAACCCAUGGAGAGGUGCAUGUGAUGCAGCUUUCAGGUUGAAGGCGAUCGAUCUAGCAGCUUUGGCUCGGAUCUGCCGGUGGAUCUUAGCAGCGGUGAGCUUUGUUGGCAGGACAGCACAGGCUCGGGGCGGGGGUGACAAUAAAAGACUGAAAGAGACUGGCGGCGUGUGUGCUGAGAGAAUUGUGGGGCUGUUUGGUUCAGACACUUGAAGAGGAUGACUUUAGUAGUUUUAGUUCCCAGGAGGAGGACGAGGACAGCGAUGAAUGAUGUAUUUUCUGGUAGGCUACUUUUUAACUGGUCGUAUACACGCACUGGUCAGCGAUGUUUGGAAUAAAGCAUUUAUUUAAUGAAAAGUUAAAAAAAUCUGUGUAGCAUCUUUCAGUGUAUUGACCAUCCCAUGUUACGACACGGACACCUGCGGCUUUUAGAGAGGUGCGGCCUAUACAUGUACAAAUCUUUUUCGCAACUUUCGUUGGCCCCAUGGCGGGUGGAAAAUGCACAGAGCCUUGAAUCACGACCGUGUGGGUUGUAUUUUUUGGGUGCUCGAUUCGGUGGAAUGAUCCACAUGCAAACAGACUAGCUUUUUAUGCGCAAUAUUGUACAAUAAUCGAGACAAUGUAUGACAUUUCAGCCAAAAUGUUUGUCAAAAACCGAGGUUUGUGCACACAGUGACCUCCUCCUGCUCAGUGCAAAGUAAGCUUCAAAAUAAAACACGGCAGUAUUAACCUGGAUUCUAUCACAGCAACUAAAAAAAAAAAAGCAUUAUUUAUUUUUCUCAUUAGCCACCGGAAGGGAAAUUACAGCAGCAGCUCUGAGUAUGAAAUACCAUGUGAGAAUGCAAAAAUCAAGUGAAGAAAUACGCACAAAUGGAGGAAAAACACAUCAACAAACUGCCGUAGCCAUUAUUCUUAUGUCUGUGGCCGCAGUCACAAGUAAAUAUGCAAGCAAUGGCUGGUUUUGGUUUCCGUUCUAUCGAAAACCGCUGAUGGAGACGUGAAUCAGCCAGUCCAAAAGAUGUCGACGUGAACCGUUUCCACUGUAUUUUGCUGCACCUGUCUGUGUGACCUCUCUGUAAGCUUAACAUGGGCAAACGUGGACCCAUUUGAUGAAGGAUUAUGGGGGUAGUCUAUAUAUAGAUGAUAACCCUCUUAUGCAUUUUUCUGUGAUGAAAAGCCAUGUGUGUUAUGCAAAAUCCAUAUGUGUAUACUGUAUGUAAUAGCUGAUGUGGACAGACUGACAAUAGAAGAUAUUUUCCUAAAUGUACAUGUAUGUAUGUUUUAUCUCCCUCAAGCAACACCGCCAAGAGUUCUUCCUUUAUCCUCACCAAGAGCCCCCCCCCCCCGCCCCCCCCCCCCCCACACACACACACACAUACAUGAAUCACAUUUCCAGUCUCACUAUAAUGAAAAAAGUCCGUAUAUGACUGUUGCAUAUUUUAGAAACAUAUACAGAUCAGACUGUGAUACCACGAGUGCAUGUCUUACACGUCUGAAAAUGAACUGUAUCAUAAGAGAAUCACACUGCCUCACUUUGCUACUGCCAGGUACAAAUCUUUUUCCUUAUUAAAGGGGACCUGUGAUCUGUGUUUA